AGCCCCGACGGGGACGCGCAGCGCUGAGAUGCCUACCGGCCCGCCGUUCACACAAGGGGCAGCUCGGUUCACAGCUCUGCUCCCGCCUCCGCCAUGACCUCCGCAGAGCCGCUUCCCGCGCCGCCGCCGCCUCCUCAGGCCGCCGCCGCCAUGUUUUCCUCUCUUGUACCUGGCCCUGCCGCCGCCGCCGCCGCCGGAGCCUUCGCUCCGCUCAGCUCCUCCCGCUUAAAGCAUCCGAAGUGGACGAGCUAGCGCUGCCGGGGAGACUCCGAACGUCCCGGGCGACCUGAAAACCCCUAGGUCUUCUUAGAAGCCGCCUUCUCUACCCCACCGCGUCUUCCGUCUUCCUCACAGAGUCAAAGCCGCCGCCAUCUUGACUCGCCCCUCAAAAGCGGCGCGCGGGGCCACCUAGGCAGCGGCGGCAGGGGCGGCCCGCAGGCCCCACCACUUAAAGAGACAGGCCCCGAGCCAGCAGCCUCGCUGCGGCGGAGGCCUCGCGCCGAGGCGGACCCGGAGCCGCGGGGGUGGUGGAGCGGAGGAGGCGGGACGCGAGUCGCGCCGGUGUCGGACCGGGACUCCCUCGCGCUGCCCUGCACGUAGUGUCGUGCGAGCGCGGGCUGCGUAAGCGUCCGUCGCACCCUGAGUUCGUCAUCAGCCCUGUUGUGGGCAGGGAAGGGGUGUGGAGUCGCUUGGCGGCCUAAGAACCAGUCUGGGUUUUGGACUCUGAUCCGGGUCUCACUAUGUUGCUCUGACCGGCCAAAGCAAUGUAUGUGAGAAGCUGGGACCUUCCUCACCCACAACUUGAGAGACAAGAGGAAGACAUGUCUGAAAACGUUUGCAAACAAAAUUGGCAAGAUGACUCUCCUUCUCUCCAGUGCUUCCCUCCUUUGACCACGGUGACAGGUCCAAGUUUACUUUGCUAGGACACUAGACAUUUUCAGUUCGAGCAUCUUUUCAAUGACCUCGUCCUCCGAAUAGGAUCACAUUCUAGGGAUGGAAUCACGACUUAUAUAUGUUCUGAUUCUACUUUUGAAUGUGUUUGAAUUUUCAUCAGCAGUGAUAUAUAAUCAACGUGAUAAUGAGAAACACUUUGUUUGCUCCAGUGACCAGUUACCCGGUGACCAGAAAAUAAUCAAGUUGUAUCUUUCCACUGACAGUUUGAGAGUCUACUGUUUUUUCCAAAGUGAAAACAUAGAUUCUUCAAAGGGAGUUUUGGGUAUAUUUACAGCAGGAGGCCUGGCUCCCAAACUGAUCAUCAUGAACAGUACAUACCAUGAUGGCUUCCACUUCAAGUUAACUCUGUUCAACAGUCGGGCUCUCUGGAUGUUGGACAUUCCUAGAAGAAACAUCACAGUAAGAAAAAACAUAGCAGCUGCAGAAGAAUGGACAAUAAGGGUCACAAUGCAUGCAGGAUUAAACAUUUAUGAAACUGAAGGGACCCUAUUGGAUCUUGUUCGAGAACCUAUUCUUCAGUGGAGUCUUGGACCUAAAAUGUCUGAAGCACUUGUCCAACAAUUGUAUCCACAUGUGACAGAUAUCCGAGUGGCAAAGUCCCCCUGUGCCAGUGAUGUGGCAUUAAUUGGCUUUAUUUUGAAGUCGACAUAUAAUGGUGUUUUCAUAGGAGUUACCAUUUCUGGAUUUUGGGAUUAUAAUGAAACCAAAUGGUAUGACCUGACAGAAAACAUCUAUUCACAUCUUAAAGACGAACAUAAAGGACUGACAUUGAUAGAUAUGGUGUUAACAAAUCAUUUUUUAGUAAUCCUUACCUCUUUGGGUCUUUUUGUAAGUAGUGAUCUUCGUUAUCCAGUCUCUACAGGAAUACAGCUUUCAAGAGCAGACUUUUGUGGUUUUGAAAGGGUUGACUAUGUCAAAGGAAAACUGUGGUAUAACGAAAAAUGUUUUGCAAACAGAGAAGAUUUUGAAGCUGAUUAUGUUACCAUCACUUUCGACAGAAACAUGACCCUGAGUGAGUCCAGUUCUUGUUUUUAUAGUAAAGAACCAUUUCUUCAGUGGUUGCCUUGCUUAUCUUCUCCUUUUAAAACUGCAAGAUUUCUUCCACAUGUGAUAUCAUUUCUUAUUGACCAAGAAAGUGGUACUGGAAUUUAUCUCUUCCAUACUCGGAGUUCCAAAAGAACCUUUGUUUCUGUGUCAGUGUUCAAGAAUGAGAAACCAAAUCUUCAACCAAAAUUUCCAAAUUUCCAUUUUCCCGCCUCAUUCUCUAAUCCAGUUGGAAUGGUAUUUCAUCCCCGAAGCCACUUUCUGUAUGUUUAUGGAAAUGAGGUAUGGCUUUCAGUGGAUGGUGGCAAUACUUUUGAACAAUUGUGCGAAUUUCUCAGUGACUUUGUAAGGAAGACUAUUCAUUGUUUUUAUUCUUCAGCUAUUUCUUUUAUUACACAAAAUGGAAUGAUUUACAUGACAAAGGCAGGAUUAACAAGAUACACUCACAGUGGAGAGUGUCUUGAUAAAGUUUUCACGAUAUACUACGAUCACUUGGGAUUCUUACACAAACUGACUCCAGGACACGUUAAUGCUGGUUCAUCAUUUUCACGCUCUGGAGGUGUUAAUGUUUUUGGAAAGCCUCCUGAUUUGGGAUUUGAUACUGCACUAGCUCCACAGUACCUUUCUCCCAAUGAAAUGCUUUUCUUCGCACAUGUACCUCUGAACACAUCUGCCAGCAGUAUAGACAGAAUGAAGUUCAAAAACAUCCACCUUGGGAAACUGAUAAAAUUUGGUAAAAAUGGACUUGGAAUCAUCAGAAAAUUAUUAGAACAUACCGAAGGUCCUUUCGGAUUCCAGACCUCGGUUCUCACAGAAAUGGUUGAGCCUUUUGGAAUAGAAUCGGAUCAGGAGAGUCAAUGCGUAUCUGCUUCUCUUUCCAUUUCACAUUUUAAAAACCAUUUUUAUCGCAUUACUAUUACAACACAAGAUAAUACAGUAAUCUUUAAAAAUUCAGAUAGAGAAAAGACCGUGGUGAAACCUGGCUACAGCAGCUUCCUGAUCACAGAAAUUGAAGAUUCAAAGAAUGCUUUAUCGCUGGCCACUAUGCCUCUUACAGUAACAUCAAAUUUGACCUUUCCAGCACACUCUUGGUACUUAUUUGACUUUGGCACAGUUAAUGGACGGAAUUGGAGCAUAACUUUAAGACCAUGUAAUUAUUGGGUUCAACAAAAUGAUAAUGAUAUGUUAUCCCCCAACGUUGUGAAGUAUAUUGAUGUGGGAAACAAAGUGAAUUAUGAGCUUAAGUUGAUACCUAAUACACUUUGAUUAUUUCCAGUCCCACCAGUCAUUGUAGUUGUUGGAAACCCAUCGAUAUUGAAUGUUAAGGUAGAAGGACAUUUUGACUUCGUUGAUAGCUACCAUUUGAAGGUUGAGGUAGCUAGCAAUUAUUUCCAUAAAGGUUCAACUUCAAUAGGCCUGAUUAUAUGGGAAGCAUCGUCCGAGUGCCCAGUCGCUACCAUGGUGCCCACCAUGAAGAGCAGCUGCGGCUACCUCAGGGAUAUGCACUACAUUUUUCCACGACGCAUACCACAUGAAGCCUGGGCUAGCGGCGUGCACAAGGACAGACACGGUUUCAACAUGAUCAAAACUCUGCCAGUAAACUACAGACCUCCAUCUAAUAUGGGAAUUUCUAUUCCACUCACAGAUAAUUUUUAUCAUGCAGACCCUAGCAAACCCAUACCAAGAAAUCUAUUUCACAAGUCAAAGGAAACUGGUAAAUACAAACAGUGUGCUAACGCUACCAAUCGGGAAAUGUGCAACUGCUCAGAGGAACAUAAGCUUUCCGAUUUUCUUGAUGUUUCAGAUUGCAAAGAAAAGGUUCGCCGUUUCAAGUUUCCAGUCACACAGUUACCAGUUGUUUUGGAAAUUAAUGAUGAAGAAAAAAAAUUCCUCGCGGGACCUCCAUAUUUGGUUACCAUAACUGAACUGAAUAAGAGGCAAAACUGGCAAAUAAAGCACAACACUCCACUAAAUGUUAGGAAAAUGCAAGCUUACUUAGAGCCCAUGCUUAAGACUGAAGUGUAUAAUCCUUUAGGGCUCAACCUAAGUAUAAUGGGCUCUGAGCUGUUUCACUUCAAGCUGUCUGUGGUUCCCGGGGUCACCUUUUGUGAGUUAGUAGAAGAACUUCAGAUUUAUGUUGACGAAGUUCCAUUGCCUUUUCCAGGACAUAUACUCAUUGCUGUUGCAACAUCAGUAGUGAUAGGGGGAUUCGUUUUUAUAGCAUUUCUAUUCCAACUGCGUAACAUCCACCCACUGAGAUCAUUCCGGAGAUAUGUCAGAGGAAAUACUGCAAACUCAUCAAAUAUAAGUAUCAGCUCAUAA